AUGGGAGUGGUGAGCAGCAAAAAGCAGGUGAAGGAGAAAGGUAAGGGCCUCUGGAGCCCUGUGAAGGUCAACACCCAGAGCAAAGAUCCCCCACCACUGCCUCCCCUGGUCCUGUUUAACCACCUGGCUCCUUCACCUCCGGACAUGCACCCAGACCAAGCAGCCACGAUCUCAUUUUUGUUUUUCCUCUUCCUCCGUAGAGUUGGAGACUGGUGGUUGGCCAGGUCUCUCAUCACAGGAAGAGAAGGCUACGUGCCCAGCAACUUUGUGGCCCGAGUAGAGACCCUGGAGGUGGAAAAGUGGUUCUUUAGAUCAAUUAGCCGGAAAGAUGCUGAGAGGCAGCUUCUGGCUCCAAUCAAUAAGGCGGGCUCCUUUCUUAUCAGAGAGAGUGAAACCAACAAAGGUGCCUUUUCUUUGACUGUGAAGGAUGUGACCACCCAGGGGGAGGUGAUCAAACACUACAAGAUCCGCUCCCUGGAUGAAGGGGGCUAUUACAUCUCCCCCCGCAUCACCUUCCCCACUCUCCAGGCUUUGGUGCAACAUUAUUCUCAGAAAGGGGAUGGCUUAUGCCAGAGGCUCACCCAACCCUGUGUCAGCCUGGCUUCCCAAGACCUGUGGGUCCAAGAUGAAUGGGAAAUCCCCCGGCAGUCUCUCAAGCUGGUCAGGAAACUCGGGUCUGGGCAAUUUGGCGAAGUCUGGAUGGGUUAUUACCAAAACACCGUGAAAGUGGCCAUCAAGACUCUAAAGGAGGGGACCAUGUCUCCGGAGGCCUUCCUGGGUGAGGCCAACCUGAUGAAAACUCUCCAGCAUGAGAGGCUUGUUCGUCUCUACGCCGUGGUCACCAAGGAACCCAUUUAUAUUGUGACCGAGUACAUGGCCAGAGGAUGCUUACUGGAUUUCCUGAAGACAGAUGAAGGUAGCCGACUGUCCCUCCCGAGACUGAUCGACAUGUCAGCCCAGAUUGCCGAAGGAAUGGCGUAUAUCGAGCAAAUGAAUUCAAUCCACCGCGACCUGAGGGCGGCCAACAUCCUGGUGUCUGAGUCCCUGUGCUGCAAAAUCGCUGACUUUGGCCUGGCCCGCAUCAUUGACAGUGAAUACACUGUCCAAGAAGGCGCCAAGUUCCCCAUCAAGUGGACUGCCCCAGAGGCCAUCCAUUUCGGGGUGUUCACCAUCAAAGCAGACGUGUGGUCAUUUGGAAUCCUCCUGAUGGAAAUCGUCACUUACGGGCGUGUACCCUACCCAGGAAUGAGCAACCCCGAGGUCAUCCGCUGCCUGGAGCGCGGCUACCGCAUGCCGCGCCCCGACACGUGCCCGCCACAGCUGUACCACGGUGUCAUCACUGAGUGCUGGCGGAGCCGGCCGGAGGAGCGGCCCACCUUCGAGUUCCUGCAGUCGGUGCUCGAGGACUUCCACACGGCCACCGAAGGGCAGUACGAGCUCCAGCCCUAG